AUGGUACGAAGACAGGACCCUCUUACUAGGAUCGAAGAACACGUGAGCCUCGAUUUUAUCACGGAUCUUCUUCUUACGACAGGGCACGACUUGAUUCUCGUGAUGGUCGACUCCUUCCGCAAGAUGGUUCAUUUCGUUCCUUCAAAGAAGUCAUUCACAGCAGCAGACACCGUGGAGCUUCCCACAGACCGUCUCAUCCGCUACCACGGAUUUCCAGAGGUACUCAUAUCGGACCGCCGCCUCCGCUUCCAGUCGGAUCUCUGGCAACAACUCUGUAGCCGCUUUAACAUCAAACGGCGCAUGUCCUCGUCCUGCCAUCCGCAAAGCAACGGUCAAACCGAAUGGAUUAGCCGUACAAUGGAGCAGAUGCUUCGUACCUACAUGCAAUCUGACGAACGCGAGUGGGAGCGUUUGCUCCCGGUCCUGGAACUUGCUUACAACUCAACAAGUCAUUCCUCCACCGAGCUCUCUCCCUUCGAGGUCAUGAUUGGCUAG